AUGGGGAGACGUGCACACGAGUCAACCCCGAGCCGCCGUUUCUCGAUCACGCCGGCACCGUUCACAAACACCGGCGAUCUGCUGCUCCGAGUCACCGCCAUUCUGCAAGCUUCCUACUCUCCUUUGAUUGUUCUUGGUGUUCAUAGUCAUUGUCCGCGAGUUGGUGCCGCAAGUUUCAUCCUCUCCAUUGGUUGCUGUCACGUUGGCCCGAUGUUUGCUAUUUCAGUGCUGCAAGCUUCCUACUCUCCUUUGAUUGUUCUUGGUGUUCAUAGUCAUUGUCCGCGAGUUGGUGCCGCAAGUUUCAUCCUCUCCAUUGGUUGCUGUCACGUUGGCUCGAUGUUUGCUAUUUCAGUGCUCCAAUUAACUUCGGUUGAGUUGUGAUUGUGUUGUCGUGUACGUUCCUCUUCCGUCCGUUCGAAAAGCAAAGGUGAGGGCGGGAUCCGUGGAUUCUUAAAGCUUCUAAUUAAUUAGUAUUUGUAAAUAUUAGGUUUAGAGAAUUGUUUGUUGAUGGUGUUGAUUGAGAAAAUGAGGUUAAGUGAUUGUUAUGAGUUUAGAUAAGGAAUUGUUAAGUUGAUGAUGUGUUGGUGGAGAGUAUAUGUUAUAUUUUGGCGAAGUCAGACUGAGAGCGAGGACAUGGCGAUCCCGUUUAAGUCUGUACUUCAGUGCAGUCGGACUGAGAAUGAGGACAUGGCGAUCCUAUUAAAGCCCGUUAACCGGCUGACGAGCCAAAUGGUGGUGGAAGAUCUUUCGAGGUGCCCCACCAGCUCAGUGUCAUGUGAUUUGUGUUGAGUUAUGAUGGGAUUAGUAUAUUGUUGGUUAGUCAUGAUUGGAAGUUGUGUUGAUUGAUGUUUGCUCUAGAUUUAGUAUUCGCGUGUAUUGUUUUGGUGUUGAGAAUCAUAUGGGCGGAAAUCGUUACUCACCCCCCCCCCCCCCCCCCCAUUGUCUCCUUCCAAAAAGCUGCAAACAACAACCCGACGAGCUGCACCCACCUUUGACAACGCCGAACUGCUGCCUGGAUCAUGCCAGAGUCGCCAUCACUGUUUCAAACCAAGUCGGGGUCUCUUCAUGUUAUUCGUAGCCAUGGGGAGACGUGCACACGAGUCAACCCCGAGCCGUCGUUUCUCGAUCAUGCCGCCACCGUUCACAAACACCGGCGAUCUGCUGCUCCGAGUCAUCGCCAUUGUUUGUGAAUUGUUUCUGUGGGACUACCUUAGUACUCAAUGCGGUUAAAGAUGGAUGAAGACAGAGAUGUUGCAGAUGAGUUCUUGGAAGAUCAUCAUAACUGUAAGACUUUGCCAAAAAGAUGCAAAACAAAAGCUGCAAAAGUGAGAGGUUUAGUGAUAUCUUCUGAUGGGAAACUUCAGCCAUUAAUGCACUAAGAAAUGAACACCAAGGAGAAAGAUUUGCUGAAUAGUGUGUGAUUGAAUCAGAGAAAGGGUAGAAUCUGUGUUUCAUUAGCCAUUUAAUCUCGAUACGAGUCGCUGGUUGUUGAUACUUGAGAACUUUUUUAAAAAAUGUUAUUUAACUGUGAAUUUUGUUUAGUGAAUCUCUCUGUUGGGGUUGUCUGAAAACGUAUGUGCAAUUGUUGGAGAUCCUGUAGUACUACAAGUUCUCUGUGUGUAUACAUUACCUCCGACCUCCUUGCUAGCAAAAUAUUAUGCGUUUCAUAUUCUCUACACCAAUAAUAUGAGAACUAUAUCGUGUAUUU